AUGAGCAUGACAUGGAGCGACUUCAACCAACAAGUUAUCUUCUACGAGAUUCUGAUUUUCAACGUCGUCGGCCAUUUUGGGAAUUUUCACAUUUUGUACAUCACCUAUCGGUUUCCAAAGCUACGCGCUAAGUCAGGUAGGUACAAAUAAUUUCAAGCUUUUGAAAAUAUUUUUUGAAGCUUAUGUUAGUUUGCGGAAAGUUAGCUCCUUUGAAAAAAUACUGAAAAACUGAUUAAAAAUGCUUUUACGUUCAUCAAGUUCAUUGUGGUGAACAAAAAAGUAUUAGGAGUGUUGAAUAUUUUUUCAUUUCUAGGUGUCUGUUUUUGCCGAAAUUCGGAUUUCAAGCCUCCAAAAAGCUUCAAAAAGAAAAUGGCUAUUUUUCUUAUGUCAAGCUUGCUCUGUUGAUAAAAAGACCCUUCCUUGGAAAAAUCGAUUGAAAAAAAAAAAAUCAAAAUGGCCGUUUUUUCAGCUACAACUUCGCUCUGUGGAUAAAAAUGACCGUUCUGUUAGAAAAUUGGGUUUUUUUUCGACUUUUUUGAGGCUUCAAAAAUCAACGCGGCUAUUUUUUCUUACGUCAAGCUUGCUCUACUGAUAAAAAUGACUGUUCUUUGAAAAAUUGGGACUUGUUAUCUUCAACUUUCGAGCUAAAAAAAAUCAAAGCACCGGUUUUUUCAACACCAUCUUCGCUCUAUUGAUAAAAAUGACCUUUUUCGAUAUGAUUGAGAUUUUUCUAGUGAACGUGAACCUCCAAGUUUACAAAAUCAAAAUGGCUAUUUUUUCCUAUGUCAAGCUUGCUCUACUGAUGAAAAUGAUCUUCCUCAGAAAUUCUGUCGAUUUUUUCUGUCAAUUUCAACCUGCGAGCUAAGAAAAAAUCGAAGCGGCCAUUUUUCUAACAGCAACUUCGCUCUAUUGAUAAAAAGACCGUUCUUCGAAAAAAUUUGACUUUUUUGCCAACUUCAACCUCCCAGCUAAAAAAAAUCAACGUGGUCAUUUUUCUAACAGAAACUUCGCUCUAUUGAUAAAAAUGGCCGUUUUUUAAAAUAAUCAAAAACUUGCUUCGGUAUGCUCGAAACUUCAAGCUGAAAAAAUCAAAGCGGCUAUUUUUUCAGCUACACUUUCGCUCCAAUGAUAAAAAUGCUAAUUUUUUCGUUUUCAGCCUAUCUACAAUGUAUCCUCUCCGUGUUUCACUCGCUUUGCCUUCUGAGCACGUUGGCGAACGCGCUGUUCAUCUUAUUCGACAUGAACUUCACCCGUCGACAGUGUUAUCCCAUCCUAGCGCCGUACAUUUUUUGCAUUUGCGCUCAGGCGGUUCUGAUGUUGGUCCUGCCGUCCGACAUUCUUUUCGCCAUUCUUUUUCCUCAUAAGUGAGUUUCAAGAUUGAAGUUUGCUCUACUCCGACCUUCGUAACGCGAACCGGACGUGUCGGAGCAUUUCUAGGGGUCACUUUAGUAGCGUCAGAACUCUUAAGUGACCCCUAGGAUCGCUCAGAAACGUCCGGAGCGUGUUUGGUUUGCGUUACCAACUCGGAUCUUAACAGGAAACGGCUAGGAUGUGUCGGAGCGUUUCUAGUGGCCACUCUAGUAGCGUCAGGCCUCUUAAGUGAUCCCUAGAAGUGCUCAGAAACCUUCUGGAGCGGGUCCGAGUAGAUAGCGGUUUCAAAAAUGAAGAUUUCUUUAAAUUCCUCUAUUUUUUUGAAUCAGACGCGAUUUGGACAUGUCGGAGAAGUUCUAGUGACCACUUUAGUAGCGUCAGCCCUCUUAAGUAACCCCUAGAAGCGUUCAGAGAACUACCGAGCGUGUUUGGUUUGCGUUACCAACUCGGAUCUUAACAGGAAACGGCUAGGAUGUUUCGGAGCUUUUCUAGUGACCACUUUAGUAGCGUCAGCCCUCUUAAGUGACCCCUAGAAGUGCUCACAAAAAAAAGAUUUUUUGGCUUCCAGGUACCGAAACAUAGGAACCUUCAAGUACAUCGUGGUCAUGAUGAUCGGACCGGUCAUUUAUUCAACCUUUUUCAUGGUUUGGGGUUUCGUCAAAAUGGACGACGACCCGAUCGAUUUUUGUAAUCCACCGACAGGUAAGCUAUUGACUAUUUUAUUGAUUUUUUGGGAAUUUUACAGGUCUUCACCCAACCGUCACCAAAAACUGGAUGAUGUCCAAUGUAUUUAUUAACAGUGUCGUAUUGGCCCUUUUUAUAUUUUUGAUACUUAUGGUGAAAAUCAGAGGUUCGUUUCAAAGGAAUUUAUUCGAAAUUGGGACUGGACGUUUCCGAGUAUUCUAGUGACCACUUUAGUAGCUUAAGUACUCUUAAGUGAUCCCUUGAAAUGUUCGAAAUCGUCCCGGGCUUGUCCGGUUUGCGUUACUGACUUGGACCCUGACAGGACACGGUUAGGAUAUGUCGGAGCCUUCCUAGUGACCACUUUAGCGGCGUCAGCACUCUUAAGGGAUCCCUAGAAAUGUCCGGGGUCCGAGUAGCUUUAUCAAAUCACGAUGGAGCGCAAAAGCCCAAAACUAUUAAGACUCUAAUUUUUUAUUUCUUAAGGAAAUAAAAAGAGAGUAGAAGCACACUUGAGAAUGUCAAAGACGCUCCAUGGAUUCUAGAACAGAUUUAGUGACCACUUUAGGGUUUUGACGUAUUAGUAGCCACUUAAGGGACUAAAUGUUUGUGGCCUCUUUAGGAGUCCAAGUGGUACCACAAGACUACUUUAAACUACUAUAGUGGUCACUAAGGCGCAAAGAGUGGCUACUAUAAGGGUGGUUUAGUGACCACCUUAGUGUCCUCUCCAAGUAGUCUUUGAGGAGCUUCACAAGUGGCCACUAGAGUUUUCCUAGUCGAUAGAGCGUACAAACUAAAAUUCUAGGAGGCUAUUUCUUCUCUAUAACAGUGAUCUAAUAAUAAUAAUAAAUUUUCAGGCGACGCCAUCAGAAAAGAGCGUAAAAAACGAGUAGUUCGUCGACUUCUCGUCCUUAUGGGGAUUUUCAUCUGCUCCUGGUACAUUUGCAUGGCCGGCGUUUUUAUGACUCUUCUUUCGUUCCAAGGUCUUCGCCAGGGCGUCAUUCAUGCCAAUUUUGUAAGUUUAUGGUGAAAAAAAGGACUUUUUGAAGGGGAGUUCAAAAAUGAGACAGGGUUUGAACUACUUAGAAGCUCAAAUGGGGAGAAAUUCGGUAGAAGCGCGGUAUAAGUUCGGGAGCUUGGGCGCUUGAACUUCAGCCUUUCCACCGGCUGCUUUGAUCAUUCGGGCUUGCCCGCAUUAAUCCCGAUUUUAUCCCACAAAAUGUUGAGGGGGAGAAAUUCGGCAGUAACGCGGUUAAAAUGAGGGUUCGGGAGCUCGGACGUUUGAAUUUUGGCAUUUCUACGGUUUUUUUGGUCAUUCGGGCUAGCCCGCAUUAAUCCCGAUUUUAUCCCGCGGCAGAAAAUGUUGAGUAUGAAAUUUUGAAUGGAAAAACAUUUUUAGACUACUUCGCCAGAGCCUUUAUCAUCAUAUUGAAAAAUUUUAAGCAGCAAAUCGCUGAAUCCUCAAAAAGGUAAAAUUUUCAAGAAAACCCGCUCCGCCAAGGCUUUGAAAAGCAUUAUGAGGGCCCUCAUUUCAUUAAAAAUGUCUAAAAUGAUUUGAUUAGCUUUCUUAAAGGUACGAAAACCUCUGCAAAAAGAAAAAAACCACCAGGAAUUUUCGAACCUAAGACCUUUCGCGCCAUAGACAACCCUCCUACCGACUGCGCCAUGAAUCAAUUCACUAAUUUACAGAUAAUAUUCGCCCUGAUCUGCUAUUCUCAAUCGUUCUACGUUAUAAUUUGGCGGUCGAAGGAGCAUCGGGCCGCGUUUUUCCACAUUUGGAACAUCGACCGGCCGACGUCCCAGUAUACGACGUCAUCUGGCAGCAAUCCGAAAGACUCAUUUUUGUGA